AUGGCUUCUGCUUUCUCUGCCUUAGGCAAGAUUCUUAAGAUGGGCUGUCAGCCAGAUACGAUUUCUUUGAACACACUGAUGAAGGGCCUUUGCAUCAAUAAUGACGUUGGAAAGGCCUUGGAUUUUCAUGACGAUCUGGUAGCAAAAGGAUUUCAGUUAAAUGCAAUUAGCUAUGGCACACUGAUCAAUGGACUAUGUAAGACUGGAAAAACAAGAGCUGCCAUUAAAUUCCUCAUAAAAAUGGCGAGAGGGCCAGUUAAGCCUAACUUAGUUAUGUAUAGUACGAUUAUUGAUGGCUUUUGCAGGGAAAGACUCAUAACUGAAGCUUGUGAUUUAUUUCAUGAAAUUAUUGAUCACGGAAUAUCUCCUAAUGUUGUAACCUGCAGCUCUUUGAUACAUGGUUUUUGUGUCAUGGGUAAACAGGCAGAAGCUACAAAAGUGUUCAAUGAAAUGAUACUUCAAGGCAUCAACCCUAAUGUGUAUACUUUUAGCAUAUUGGUUGAUGCAUUUUGUAAGGAAGGAAGUAUGACUAAAGCUGAAGCUUUUGUUGCUAUGAUGAUGAAGUAUGGUACAAUGCCUAAUCAUUUUACUUACAACUCUUUAAUGGAUGGUUACUGUUUGAUCAAUAAUGUUGGUGAGUCAAGAGAAUUACUCAAUAAGAUGGUCAAUAGUGGUUUGGCUCCUGGUAUUAUUACUUAUAGCAUUAUGAUUAAUGGACUUUGUAAAAUCAAGAUGGUGGAUGAUGCCGUGAAUCUCUUUAAAGAAAUGCGUCAUAAAAGCUUGACUCCCAAUACUAUCAUCUAUAGUUCCCUUAUCGACGGUUUGUUCAAGUCAGGCAGAAUCUCUGAUGUGCAAGAUGUUAUUUAUGAGAUGCAU